GUUCAUGGGACGGUUCCUACGGCUGGGGCCGAGUUCCUUAACAUGGGUUCUUUCUUUUCGCAGCCUCUUGAGCCGGUCAAGGUCGUUGCACCUACUGAGGCCGCCUCCUCCGCCAAGCCCGCCCCUGUCACUGCACCCGGAGCGCAGACCUCUCCAGCGGAAGCCCCUCUAUUUAAUAACUGCUGGAGCUGUCGCGUGCUCUCCGGGUCGGGGCUGAUAGGGGCGGGCGGGUACGUGUACUGGGUGGCGCGGAAGCCCAUGAAGCUGGGAUACCCCCCGGGUCCAGGGACUAUCGUGCAGAUGGUCUUCGGCAUCAGCAUUGCUUGUUGGGGUGUGGUAAUCCUGUCAGACCCCAAAGGGAAGGCCUUCCGCGUUGGUUGAAAGUACCACCAGUAAAUCUGUCAUCUCUCCGCAUCCCCAUGACACACAGAGGAAGCGUGGGGCUUAUGAAUGUUCUGGAUGGACACAUGGACAUUGACAGACUUCAGUCCUGCAGUUACUACAAGACUGAAA